CACUCCCUCAUCCGCCCCUCCCCUCCUCUUCCUCCUCCUCCGCUUCCGCACCUCACCCGCUCCCGGCCAGAGGCGGAGCACGAGCCGCACGAGGUCCGUCGAGGAGGAGGACUGGAGGAGCAGACCGUGUAUCGUUGCACUAUCAUUUACCAGGAAGGAAGCGCCGGCCAGCAGACUGAUGGCUCCCAGCUACGAGAUGGCCGCCUCCAUCCUGCUCUGCGCCGAGGACAGCAGCAGCAUCUUCGGCUUCGGCGACGAGCAGGAGGCGGCGGUGGGAGCGAGGGCGAGCGGGUCGCCGUACUGCGGCGGCGAGCUGGCCGUAGAGUUCCCGCUGCCGUCCGAGGAGUGCGUGGCCCGCUGGGUGGCGACGGAGGCGGAGCACAUGCCCAGGGAGGACUACGCGGAGCGGCUCCGCGCCGGGGGCGUGGAUCUCCGCGUGCGGAUGGACGCCGUCGACUGGAUAUGGAAGGUUCAUACGUACUACGGCUUUGGCCCUGUGACUGCCUGCUUGGCCCUCAACUACAUGGACCGCUUCCUCUCGCUCUACCAAAUACCGGAGGGCAAGGCUUGGAUGACGCAGCUGCUAUCGGUGGCGUGCCUGUCUCUUGCCGCCAAGAUGGACGAAACCUCCGUGCCUCAGUCCAUCGACCUGCAGGCCGUGGACGCGCGGUACGUGUUCGAGGCGAAGACGAUCCAGAGGAUGGAGCUGCUGGUCCUGAGCACGCUCAAGUGGCGGAUGCAGGCCGUCACCCCCUUCUCCCACCUCGACUACUUCCUCCACCAGCUCAGCGGCGGCAAUGCGCCGUCGAGGCAGGCCGUCCGGGACGCCACGGAGCUCAUCCUCUGCAUAUCCAGAGGGACGAGCUGCCUGGAGUUCCGGCCCUCGGAGAUCGCCGCGACGGUGGCCGCCGCCGUGGCCGGGGAAGAACCCGCCGCCCACAAGCCGGCCUGCUGCACCCACGUAGAUAAGGAGCGGGUGCUGAGUUGCCAUGAAGCCAUGAUCCAGGCCACCGGCGCCGCCGUGCCGCCACCUAAAACCGCAGGCCUGAUGGGCAGCGCCUACUCCCCCGCCAUGUCUGCCCCCCGGAGCCCCACCGGGGUGCUCGACCUGGACGCCGGCUACGUCAGCUGCACAAGCGACGGCGCCAGCACGGCGACCACCAUGGCAUCGUCGCCGCCCGCGAGCUCUGGCUUCGACAGCUCCCCGGUCAGCAGCAAGAGGAGGAAGAUCAGCCGAUGAUGAUCAGGACGAUGAUAAGCUCUACAACCCUACCGGUCUAACCCCCAAAAAAAUCUUGAUAGCUUGAUUAAAGGUCACUUCUGUGCGCGCCCAUCAUCAUCGUCGUCUCUCGGUGGGCAAGUCAAAUGGUUUGGAUCGACUACGAUGGCUGUGGGAGCUUUUGAUGCCGCUGAAAGGCAGCUGAAAGGACCAAAGGCAGCGCGCUGUGGACAUGACAGGAGAGCAAAGACGUCCAUGGAUGGAUGAAUAAAAGACGGGCCAGAUUCUGAAGUCUGAAUUACUACUACCACUCUACUAGCAGUAGGCAGCGACAACGGUGGUCGUUCCCAAAAGAGCAAAGGUUUUGUGCGAAGACAAAGCCGUGGAUGCGAUGAGAUGGGACGCCCAAAAAUAAAAAGACAGCGGCGCAACGCAAGAGCUGGUGGCAGGCACUGACUGUCCUAGCUCUGUUUUGGCGCGGCUUGAGUAGUUUGCACUGUUCUGUAAUUUUCCCCUGAUUUCCGUUGUGAAAAUGAAAAGAAAAAAAACUGAGAUAAGCAAACAAAUUUUGGCGUCAAA